AUGGCUCACUAUGAACAGCGUAAACUUUUGGAACAGCUCAUGGGGAGUGAUUCGUUGAUUCGUCUGCCAAAAGAUUAUGGGGAAGAGAACGAAGAUUCAUCGGUGGUGCUGAAUGAUCCUAGAGUUUGCAGAAGCUUUGUGGUAGGGACUUGUCCUUAUACACUGUUUUCUGGAACUAAGGGUGAUAUCGGAACGUGUCCAAAAUUACACAUGGAAAGACAUCGUAUUUUGUAUGAGUCCUUACGCAAAGAGGGCACUACAUUGCCGGAUUACGAGCGCCAAUACUUGUCUGAACUCAGAAGAUAUAUCGAUGACUGUGACUAUCGAAUAAAGGUUGCCCUUGCCAGGCUGGAGCAUACUCCUGAGGAAAGAGCACAGUUGUCGGAUGUAACUCGAAGUCUGGACGACCUGAGUACGAAAAUUGGUAUAAUGACACAGGAAAUAGAACAGUUAGCACAGACAUCUCCAGAAGAAACAACAAAGCUGGUGAUUGAGAGCAGAAAGUUGCAAGAGACCUGUGACGAACGAGAUCGUUUAGGAAAGCAGUACGCAGAGAUGUUGGAUAAUUUGGGGCAGGCAGCUCAACAAAAGCUACAGGUUUGUGAAGUCUGUGCAGCAUAUCUCUCACGAUUAGAUAGUGAUCGAAGGUUAGCAGAUCAUUUUGUGGGUAAGAUCCAUCUUGGGUAUCUGCUGAUGCGGACUGAACUUGAACGGUUGCAAGGGGUCCAGAGACAAAAUAACAAAUGA